AUGAGACCAAAGGGCGAAUCUUCUGAAGAAAACAACCGAAUGCUCUGCCGUCAAUUGUUUGUCGGUCUGAUUCCUGGCUCAUGGACGCACGAAAACCUCUGCAAGCACAUCUGCGAGUACCUCCACAUCCCACUUGACAAAGCCGAACAAGAGAUUCACUUCGACAGGAAAAUCUCUAACAAAGAUUCCGGGACGAAGAAGAAAAUCGCGUUUCUCCGAUUUGCGAAACCGAUGAUCCACAAAAAAGCACUUGAUAAAGCGACUUUCAAGGGCAGCCCAGUUGUUCUCAACAUCAAGGAAUCCAAUCAAGAGGAUUUGAAGCGAAAACUCUUCAUCGGCAAGCUGAGCGAUCACGUGACAGUAGACGAUGUUGAAAAACUUAUUUCCAAGAUCUCUCCCGAGGCGGCAAAGUACAUCGAGAAUAACUUCCCCCAGGUUCCCGAGAAGAGCGAAGGAAAGCCGAAAAUCGCUUUCAUCCAGUUUGAAAACCACCACGCCGCGUACUGCGUCAAAGAGGCGCUCAAGCGAGUGCUCCAGCACCCCCGGCCAGAUGUAAUCUCCUUGUUGGAGCACAUGUGCCGCCCUGGCGCCAAGCUCCGGGAUGUAGUUGAAUCCGUCAGCUACUACAAACGAAGCAAGAACGAUACUCUCUUCGGCCCCAACGCUUCCGGCUCUGUUCGAUCGCUCAACACGAACAAGAGCAACAUGGAGUUUUGGUACCAAGAGAGCAAAACCAGCGUGACGAUUCACAUCCGAAAAGAUCACGCAAUCAGAAGCGUCACCAUUCCCGCCAAGGACAUCAAGAAGAAGCCCCACCACUUGAUCCCAGCCCGUGGCGCUACUAUCGAGUACCGAGAAAUGGUCCCUGGCUUCUCCGAGAUGAGCCUCCACUCCAGCAGCUCUUUUGCUCGACAUUUCAACACGAGCUCGCUCUACUCAGCCCCUGGACCAGCUCGCCAGUCUAACACUGGAGGCUCGCGGCUGCGAAACUCUGUGAGCGCUCAGAAUCAUCAAUCGAUGCUCCAGCAGUCUCACACCUCCUUCCAUAGCCUCCACCAUCCCUUCUAA